AUGGUUGAGUUUUACGACGCUGUUGAUUACAUAAUUGAAGAUGAAGGUAUAUUUCCAGUCAGAGAAGAUAGUGUUUUAUCGAGUACUAGUGUGGAUGAUCUUCUCGACAUGGAAAUGAGCGAAGACAAACGUUUUCAUCAGCAGCAACAACCGAUUGAUCUUCCAACACUGCGAAAACACUAUGGAAAUAUGCAAAUCGAUGGUCAACCACUGCCUAUAAUAUACAGAUUGUGGAAUGGUAAUUAUGUUGCUUAUGCAUGGCAUUCAUAUGCUGUCAAUGUUAUUAGAAUAACGCGAUACAAUAAAUAUUGGGAAGUUCGUAAUUUACCUACAGUUAAUAUGACACAAAAUGAAGAGAAUUAUUACAUGACAUUGUGCCAAAAUUUGGAUAUGAAUAAUAAUAGUAUGUGCUCAAUAGAUGAACCAAAACAACUAAUAAGUUGUGCCAUUUUGGAUUAUUUACUGGCUGUUAUUGAUAUUUUUUUAUAUUAUCGAAAAAAUCCAUGUAAAAGUAAUGAUAUGCAAGAAGCAAUGAGAAUAGCAUCGAUAACUUGUGAAGAAAGUUGGCUACGUCGAGAAAGAGAUGUACUUGAUAUGGAACAAAAUUCAAGAAGAGACAGCACUCACAAUGGGUCAGCAUGUAUACCAAAUAUAAUGAAUCGAGCAGAAAAACGCUCUUAUUUCGAAGAACGACUUGAUAUCUCAAUUGUUGAUAACGUCGGUGGUUUUCUUCAACUACACGCUUGUAUUUAUCCUUAUAUCGAAUGUCAUCAAGAUGGUCAGUUUUACGUGAAUUACAACGAUUUAAAGAAAACAUUCAAAAAUAUUCUUGAAUUAUUUGAACCAUUUUUGAAAACAUUCAGUUCUGAUUCAAUAGAAUUUAUUCAUUACAAAAUGAUUAUCGAACAAUCGGAUAAAAAUAUUUCAUGUACAAAUCUUGAUAAAAAAAUAUUUCCAUAUUAUUCAAUUCGUCGUGAAAAAUUCAAAUACGAUGACGAUGUUAAUGACAAGUAUAAAUUCAUUAGUUUAUAUCAUCUAUUAUUGAUAAUUCCACAAUAUUAUUUUGUUCAAAUAUUUGACACAUCAAAAAUAAAUGAAAUAGAAGAAGCGUAUUUAGAUGAAUUAGGUCGCAUAUUUCUUAUGAGUCAAUAUGAUGGUGGUAUUAUUCGAUGUUCAACAGAUAAUACAUAUUUUAUGCCAUGUCUUUCAACAACAAGAAAUCGUAAAAAAACAACAUGGAUACCAACAUUGGAGAAUAACGUUGAUGAUACAGAUCGUAUUCGUUUAGCAACAGAUACUGAACGGUUAUAUAUAUCGAUGUUAAAAUUACAUGAAGGUAAAUUUAGAAGAGAAGAAGAAAUGUAUUUAGAACUUUAUGAUGAACAUGAAGAUUAUCAAAUACUUAAAUUUGAAAAAUAUCAUUCACAUAGACGUCAAGAGCUUUUGAAGAUAAUGUCAGCGAUAAGUAAUACAUAUCAGCCAAGACAUGAAGCCAAGUUCAACAUUCAAGUUAUGAAUUAUGGAGAUGGACGGGCACCUUCAAAACAGUCAGCGCCCUUAUACCAACAGCCGUUUUCAUCACGCUCUAUACCCGUUCAAUAUCAACCGAAUUCCUCUUCUCAGCAAUAUAACAUUCCGCCUUCUCUCUACGUUCAAAAUCGCUCAACAAAUCCUGUACCUAACUCUAUGCACAAUCAACCUCAAUAUACGUCAUCGCAAGCACCAUAUAACUUUCAAACAGCAAAAGCAAUUAAAUCUGAAAUUCAACCAGCUUAUUUUUACAAUCGCCCAGGCGAACAACAGCCGUUGUCUCCUCCAUUCAGAAUGAAACCAAUCAACCCAUCACUUGUGAGCAAAACAGGCGGCUCAUCCAGUCCUUCUCUCGUACAACCAAAGGGUAUGGGUUAUGCGAGUGCCUAUGCUAAAAAAGAGCCACGUGGUGAAAUUGACGAUGCACCGAUUAUCGAUCCGAGUGCCUUUCGGUAUUUGAACAUGAAAGAACGAAAAGCACAAAAAAAAACGGAUGAUAUCGAACAGGGCAUUGAUGAUCGGCCAAUAAUUAAUUUAGAUGCUGUACAACAACUUGAGCGUAGACGUCAACAUCAAUUGAAUAAGAAGAAAAAAGAUGAUGAUAUAGUGGGUAUUGAUGAUCGCCCCAUCGUUAAUCUUGACUCUUUUCGGUAUAUAGAAAAUAAGAGAGAAGGAAAAAAGAAUCAAGAAGACCAAGGUCCGCACAUCGACACUAGACCGAUAACAAAUCCAGAUGCAUUCAAGUAUUUGGAAAAUAAACGGCAACCGAAGGUGGCACCAGAUUUGAAUGAGCCAUUGAUCGACACCCGUUCAAUUGUGAAUCCAGAUGCAUUCAGAUACUUAGAACGUAAACCAGAGCCAAAACUAAUUACGCAAAGUGGUAUUGAUCAUUCUCCCAUUGUAAAUCCAAAUGCAUUCAGGUAUAUCGAACAAGCACCACAACGGAAACCGGAUAUUGAAAGUGGAAUCGAUUAUAAACCGAUGGUCAAUCCAGCAGCAUUCAAAUAUUUGGAACGAAAAGAGCCACAACGAAAAAUUGAAGGUCCCGAAGUAGAUGAGCGAUCUUACGUAAAUCCAAAUGCCUUUAGAUACAUCGAACGUCGUCCACCACCAAAGUCGGAUCAUAUCACGUCAGAAAUUGAUACUCGCAGUUAUUUACUAAACCCAAAUGCUCUUGCUCACAUUGAAAAAAAAUUUCAAAAAUGUGCCCCCCCAAUUGAAUCCGGCAUCGACCGACGUGGGUACGUAAAUCCAGAUGCUUUUAAAUAUAUUGAACGUCCUGCUGGUGGAUCACCACGUGAAAAACAAGGACCAUUGAUUGAUACAACCAGUUAUUUACAAAAUCCCAAUGCCUUGGCACAUUUAGAACGAAAAUAUCCGACAAAAAACGAUCAAGGUGGAUACGAUGUGGCUAUUGAUGAUCGUCCGUAUGUUAAUUUGGAGUCAUUUCGUCAUUUACAACAGCCGCAACAAGGCAAAUCAUAUGAGAAAAUAAGUUACGAAGGUGUUGAUGAAACAUCGUUUGUAGAUCCCGACGCUUUCAGACAUCUCGAGUUUAAAACGGAGGAAAAUCAAUUUUAUUCCAUUCCCAAUUAUUCAGACUUAUGA